GACCACACUAAUCAAACGUGAAUCAAACCUAUUAUAAUCAAACAUUCCAUGAUUUCCUUUGUCUUUUUGUUUACGUACGAGUUGGUUGGCAAUCGGUUUUCUAACAAUUAAAACACCUUGCAGUGAUGGAAAGUCUAAAUGAAAGCGACUUAAUCCAGGUGGGAAAUGAAUACACCCCUUUGGGCCACCAUAUGUCACUAAGCGAAACUGCUGAAGCGAAUGCGAGACGUCGAAGUUCCAACCGAUUUAUAAAACGUAGAAAAUUUGACGACGAACUGGUCGAAUAUAGUCUAGGAAUGCCAGGAGUAUCAACCGUGAAGAGUGGCCGCGCCAGAACGCAAACUUAUCAUCCCGAUUUUACACCAGUGGGCUUGCCUUCGACGCCUGUUACUCAAAUGACCCCAAUUGCCCAACAUUUGGUGGACAGUAAGAAAAGGUCCAUUUCAAGACCCAUUCCCAGCACUUCCAAGGGCAAGAAGAAGAGUGCCCCAAAGAGUCAUCUUACUACUAAAGAUCUGGGCCGCUGGAAACCUAUUGAUGAUUUGGCCCUCAUUAUUGGAGUUCAACAGACUAAUGAUCUGAAAACAGUGCAUUUGGGUACAAAGUUUUCGUGCAAAUUCACAUUGCAAGAGUUACAAUCUCGCUGGUACGCGUUACUGUACGAUCAAGCUGUUUCCAGAGUGGCUGUAUCCGCUAUGAGAAAUUUGCAUCCGGAUAUGGUUGCCUCUGUGCAGGACAAGGCGCUUUGGAGCAAAGAGGAGGAGGCGAUUUUGGGUACAAUUAAAGCGAGCACUAAUGCAACUAUAGAAACGUUUGGAGAUCUCUUGUCCAAGCAUGCUGACGUCUUCUACAACGGCAGAACGGCAAAUACACUGUUUCGGCACUGGCAAAGCUUGCGCAUGUAUCAUCUACUGCCAGAUCAAACUGUGGGGCAGAUGCCCCACAAUGGCAAGCCAAUUUUGACUUUUAAUGAUGCCGAGGAAUUAAUUCAGGAUUCCGAUCUGCUCGAUCCACCAGAUGAAACUCUGGAUCGCGAACUGAAGCUGCAGCAGCGUAGGAACAUUAAAGAAAUACGACAAGUAGAAAACGAGCUGGGAAGAUGGAAGGUGCUGAUUGAUAGUAUUUCGCCUGACAUGUCUGGUGGUGAACUAGAAGGGCAGACUUUGGCAGUACUUAGAGGGCGAAUGGUCCGAUACUUGAUGAGAUCAAGGGAGAUCAGUAUUGGAAGGUCUGGCAAGGGGUAUAGUGUUGAUAUAGACUUGUCUCUUGAAGGGCCGGCGCAUAAGAUCUCGCGCAAACAAGCUACCUUAAGACUAAGAAACACUGGGGAGUUUUAUUUGUCGUCCGAAGGCAAAAGACCGAUUUUUGUGGAUGGCAAACCGAUUUCAGCUGGAACCAAAGUCAGACUAUAUGAUAGCGCGGUAGUGGAAAUAGCCUGUCUGAGAUUUAUUUUCACGGUUAAUCAUGAUCUAAUUAGGGCGAUUCACAAUGAAAGUGUGAGAUAUAAUUUACCCCCUUAAUAUAUUUUAUGCUUAUGUUGUUAAUUGACGUUGAACUCUUACUUUGAUUGUAUUCAAUAAAUAUUCAAAAGUA